ACCGGGGAGGAAGGCCCCUCGCCCGACCUCUACCCUCAUGAAGAGAGGCUCAGAGGGCUGAAGCGCCUACUUGGCCAAAAGGCGUGGGAGAGGGGCAAAGCAGGGCCGGGAAGCAGCUUCCCCUCCCGGGCUGGGCCCCUGUUUGCCCAGUGCCCAGUCCUUAGCCUGAAGGUGGUGGGCUUCAGCUAGAAGCCCCAGGCGAAAGCGGUGCCCGCGUGUGGGCCAGAGUGCGGGUGUGCAGGUCUCUGGGCGGCCCAAAGAGGGUGCCCCUGCCCGGGAACCCAGCAGCUGGGGCGGGAGGGUGGGGACGGCGGCAGGCGCGCGGGGCAGGCUCCGCCCCCAGGGACGCGGGUUUAAAAGAAGCGAAGGCGGGCCCGGGAGCCGAGCUGCAGUGGAGCGCGCCGGAGCCGAGCCGCUGCCCGGGCACAGCCAUGGCCCAGCGGGCGGGGGGCGCUCGGCUGCUCGGCGGCCUCCUGCUCUUCGGCCUGCUCACUGCGGGCGUCGCUCCGCUCAGCUGGGAUCUCCCGGAGCCCCGCAACAGAGCCAGCAAGAUCCGAGUGCACCCGCGGGGCAACCUAUGGGCCACCGGUCACUUCAUGGGCAAGAAGAGUCUGGAGCCUCCCAGCCCAUUCCCAUUGGGGACAGCUUCCCACACCUCCCUGAGGGACCAGAGACUGCAGCUGAGUCAUGAUCUGCUCAGGAUCCUCCUGCUAAAGAAGGCUCUAGGCGUGAGCCUCAGCCGCCCUGCACCCCACAUCCAGUACAGGAGGUUGCUGGUACAAAUACCGCAGAAAUGACACCAAUAAUGGGGCAGACACAACAGCAUGGCUUAGAUUGUGCCCACCCAGGGAAGGUGCUGAAUGGGACCCUGGUGAUGGCCCCAUCUGGAUGUAAAUCCCGAGCUCAAAUCUCUGUUACUCCGUUACUGUGAUUUCUGGUUGGGUCACCAGAAAUAUCGCUGAUGCAGACACAAAUUAUGUUCCUGCUGUAUUUCCUGCAUCCCUGUUGAAUUUGUGAAUAAAACUUUGCUCUUUACAUAAAA